AUGGCCAGCGAGAUCGCGGAUCUGAACAGCCACGACGCGCAGAGCGUAUGCGAGGCUCUGGGGCGCUACGAGGACACGCUGCGCGGCGCCGUCAGGGAAAUCCACGUGGACAUCCAGGUGUUCAAGCAAGGGGUGGGCCGACAGGUCGAGGAGGUGCUGCGUCUCGCAAGUCCUCUGGCACGCACCGUCUCUGAGCUGCAGGAGGAGAACUGCCGGCUGCGGGCACAGCUGGAGCGCCUGGCUCUGCAGGUGGAGGCCCUCGGCCGCUCGGCGGGGCUGCCGCGGGAGUGGAUGGCAGAGGCGUCAGGGAGCCCCCCAGCCACGGGGCCGGGCUCGCCGGGGCCAGAGCUGGCCAGCGGCAGGUUCUCCAGCCACGCAAAGCUAGCAAUGACUGGCCGGAGUCAAAGCGUAGACCUGGAUGACCACCGCAAACCUGAGUUUAGAAGAGCUUGUAGUUCUUCCAUCAUUGAAAAUGGACAUCAGUCUUCAGCAGGUCAAGCAAAAAUGUCCCAUGAACUGACCUCUUUUCACAUGUCAGGCUCUUCUCCUGAAGCCCACGCCCCUGCAGUUGCUUUACAAAUGCCCCACCUUCCUGUUACUGCAGUAACCAGGAUAUCAGAGAAAAUUACAGGAGAAACCAUCUCUUCAGCAGGAACAACUAAUAUGUCUGUUGGCGUGGUGGGACAGAGCAAGAACAAAAAUGAGACAGUAGUGAAAACUUCCAACCAGUCAGCAAAUGCGUGGAACACAAGUUCAUUGAGAACAAUGGGUUCAUCUGUCACUGCAGCCAAAACCACUCGUGUCACUAAAUCUGUCUCUGCCAUGAACUAUGGGAGUAGUGGAACCAAAACUAGUGAAAGUGCCACUGAUAGUUGCUAUGAUGUAGCCCCCACAUCUCACUCCCCUCCUCCUACUGCACAUCACCAAGUUGAAAGGAGGCGAGAACUGGUGCGAUCUCAGACACUUCCACGGACUUCAGGAACACAGGCCAGGAAAGCACUUCUUGAAAAAUUUGAACAAGACAGUGCAAAAGGAAAAGGAGAAACCAGAGCUAAGCUGAAGAGGUCGCAGAGUUUUGGUGUUGCCAGUGCUAGCAGCAUUAAACAAAUUCUUUUAGACUGGUGUCGCUCAAAAACCAUAGGAUACAAGCACAUUGAUCUCCAGAACUUCUCCUCAAGCUGGAAUGAUGGGAUGGCAUUCUGUGCCCUGGUGCAUUCUUUCUUUCCUGAAGCUUUUGAUUACAAUAAGCUUGACCCAGCUAAUCGCAAGCAGAACUUUGAACUGGCUUUUACCACAGCUGAGAAAAUGGCUCACUGUGAUCGUCUUAUAGAAGUGGAUGACAUGAUGGUGAUGGGCCACAAGCCAGAUCCCAUGUGUGUCUUCACCUAUGUACAGUCUCUGUAUAAUCAUCUACGUCACUUUGAAUGAAACCAUGGCUAUCUUUCCAGCCAGAAGGGUCAAGUACAUUAUACUAAUGAGAAGACUGGUGUUUUACAAACAAAAUGCAAUGUAUUUUUCCUUUGUUGUUGUUGUU